AUGGGCUUGUUUCAAUACAAUCGAUUGGUGUUUGGUAUUACCUCAGCUCCCGCCAUUUGGCAGCGUACCAUGGAUCAGAUUCUGGAAGGAACUUCUGGUAUUAGUUGUAUCCUAGAUGAUAUGAUUGUGACGGGUAAAAGCGACGCAGAGCGUAUGGCUAACCUGGAGGAGGUCCUUCGACGGCUGCACCACCAUGGGUUAAGAGCCAAUAAAUCGAAGUGUGAGUUCUUCAAAGAAAAGAUCACGUUCUGUGGCCACGACAUUAAUAGUGAAGGCCUGCACAAGACCACCGACAAGACAGCUGCAAUGGUGAAUGCCCCUCGCCCCCAUAGUGUUGCAGAGGUACGCUCCUUCCUGGGAUUGGUGAAUUAUUACCACAAAUUCCUGCCAAACCUUGCUACAAUCCUGCAUCCUUUGAACCAAAUGCUGGAAAGUAACUACCAAUGGAACUGGACAGAUCAAUGCGAAGAAGCCUUUUGCAAAGUUAAAGCAAUGAUUGUUUCAGAUCUGGUGCUUACACAUUAUGAUCCUAACCUUCCCUUACAACUGGCUUGUGAUGCUUCACCUAUAGGAAUUGGAGCGGUACUGUCCCAUGUCAUGACAGACGGCACAGAGCGCCCGAUAGCGUUUGCAUCGAGAUCCCUGUCGAAGGCGGAGCGCAACUACGCACAGAUAGAUAAAGAAGCACUGGCUACAGUGUGGGGAGUCAAGAAAUUCCACAAUUACCUUUUCG